CAAUUGGCUGGCAUUUACCAGAAUAGUAACAACAAAAAUAUUUGAAAUUGUUGCAGCUUGCUUCCAAAAUAAACCGAAUAAAAAUUAAACUAAAUAAAAGCAAAUAGGAAACAGUGAUUUGUGAUUAUUUGCUCAGUGUUAGCAAAACGUCACCUGCACUUGAAAAGCGUCAACAGCAAACAAAUUGGCACUCGAAAUUGUUUGCUGACGGACAAGUAAUCCUCCACAUACAUACAUACAUUUAUACAAACCUACACACACGAUGCAACAACUUCUGGUAAUCCGUUAGAGGCAACGGAUGUGAUUGACUGACAACAUAAACUAAAAUACAUAUUUAUUUAUCAUUGCAAUAAUUUGUUAUUUCCGACGAUUUACCCCGCUAGCACUCUCCUCUAAUAUUUACCUUGUGUACUUUUGUAACUAUUGUGCUGACAUUUACGUAAAAUACCAGAAAUACAAAGCAGCAGUGACGCUUACGCCCUACAUUUACCUACAACACAUCAUUGUGAUUGCAAGUUGCAGCAAAAGCAAAAACAAAAACAACGCGCACAUCAACUUCAAGAUUCUCUAUUCAGGCCAUACAUUUCGCACAUCGUCGCCAAAAUUGUACUUAAAUCAGAGAUUCGUCGCCAAAAUGAUUGGACGUUUAUUUCGUGCACACGGUGAAUUUUGUGCGUCCCAUCCGUGGGAGGUGAUUGUGGCGCUACUAACACUGACAGCAUGCAUGCUGACAGUUGACAAACCAGCUGGCGGCGUCGGUGUUGGCGUUGGUCCUGACGUCGCUGGCAUGGGUGUUGGUGUAGGUGUGGGUGUCGGUGUGGGUGCUGCCUCCACUGCAACCUCAUCCGCGUCGUCGUCCUCAUCGUCUGUGCCGCCAUCCACAACCGCAUCAUCGGCAACAUCUAGUCGGCAUCGACCGUGUCACGGUUGGAGUCAGUCGUGCGAUGGCCUGGAAGCCGAAUACAAUGCGGCCGAUGUAAUACUGAUGACGAUUGUGCGCUGCACGGCAGUGCUCUAUUGCUACUACCAGUUUUGCAGCCUGCACAAGCUCGGUUCCAAGUACAUUUUAGGAAUCGCUGGACUAUUUACAGUCUUCUCGAGUUUUAUAUUUACGACAACCAUAAUAAAGUUUCUGGGCAGCGAUAUCUCCGAUUUGAAAGAUGCUCUCUUCUUUAUGCUGCUGCUUAUCGAUCUCUCGAAUUCAGGCACGCUUGCGCAAUUAGCUUUAACCGGCACCAAUCAGGCUGAAGUGACGAAUAACAUAGCGCGCGGCUUAGAGCUACUGGGGCCAGCCAUAUCUUUGGACACCAUUGUCGAGACGCUUGUCAUCGGCGUGGGCACGCUGUCUGGCGUACAGCGUUUGGAGGUGCUGUGCACAUUCGCCGUUAUGUCGGUGAUUGUUAAUUAUGUGGUCUUUAUGACCUUCUUCCCCGCAUGUUUGUCACUCAUACUCGAUUUGUCACGCAAUGGCAUGGACAUGUCAAUGGUGCGUGCCAAAGCCAAAGACUCUAUCCUCUUGAAGGCAUUGAACGAUGAAGAGCAAAAGACUAAUCCAGUGGUACAACGUGUAAAAAUCAUAAUGACCACCGGACUGAUGAUUGUGCACAUUUACAGCCGCAUGGUGUUCUCGAGUACUGAAUAUGAUACGGUGGAAAAGACUUUAACUCCACAAUUAAAUUUAAAUGUGAACACUAAUCGUACGGAGUCGGGGGAAUUGACGGAUAUGAUUAUUAAAUGGCUCACCAUGAGUGCUGACCAGAUUGUCAUACUCAUUCUUCUCAUCGCUUUAGUAGUUAAAUUUAUAUUUUUUGAGCACCGCAAUGAACUGCACGAUCAACUACGACAAACCACAGUCGCUCUAGCUGUAAAAUCGUCCCAAACGCAACCUUUGCAAGACACGGCUACUCUUGCUGCCAUGGAUAUGAAUAUAUCCGCGCCACAAAUCAAUGCUACUGACGUGUUGAAUGCGCCUCAACCUCCCACUAAAGUUCCUCAAUUGGUUGUGUCGCCUGCUGUCGGCGAUUCGCGUCCUCAUCGCGUACCACUAUUUACAAUCGAAGAACAUAACUUUGUUAAUGCAUCAACACAAACUGAACUCAUAACCGAUGCUAAUCAAUCGAUGGCACUGCAGCCAUGUCCACGUCAAUCAAUUCCACCGCGCACACUGCAAGAAUGCCUAGAAAUUCUUCAAUCUCUCGAUGAAUGGGGUGGGCCCGCUAAUCUUACAGACGAAGAAGUUCUCUUAAUCGUUAACUCCGCUGGCAACCACUGUCCAUUGCAUAAAAUCGAGUCAAUUUUAGAUGACCCAGUUCGCGGUGUGCGCAUUCGUAGACAAGUGAUUAGCGCGCGCGCUAAAGUGCCCGCCGAACGGUUGGAAUGUCUGCCAUAUUUGAAUUUCGACUAUCGCAAAGUAAUGAAUGCCUGCUGUGAAAACGUACUUGGCUAUGUGCCCAUUCCAGUUGGUUAUGCAGGUCCUUUGCUGCUUGAUGGCAGUAAAUAUUUUGUACCCAUGGCUACGACCGAAGGCGCACUGGUCGCCUCAACGAAUCGCGGUUGUAAAGCGCUAUCCGUGCGCGGAGUUACGUCGUAUGUGGAGGAUGUUGGCAUGACACGUGCACCCUGCGUACGCUUUGCAAACGUUUCACGCGCAGCCGAAGCGAAAAGAUGGAUUAAC